CCUUGAAAGUACCUUGCAAGCGCAUACCAGAUCUAUAUUACCAACUUGGUCAUUAGUAAACUACAAUCAUGUCCAAGAUACUGCAGUACGAACCCUUUCAGAGUGCUGUGGAUGCUACGUUCUGGCACACUCUAGGCAGCAACAAGAUUAAUCUAUACAAACUGGAUGAUGCGUCGGUUCCAAUUCAAGGAUUCUAUUCUAGCGGCGGAGCAUACUAUCAUAUCAACAGCAGCCAUUCAGACGCUCUUCCUUCUCGCUUAUGUGUUAGUUCUACUUCGUUCUCCAAGAUUCAGAGACAACCGGAUUCUCGCUCAUGCAUAGUCCCUGGUGUGCUUAAAAAUACUAAUACUAUCGAGGAUUUCAAGUCUGUUGACAAGAACAGUCUGAUCAAGACAGUUUCCCUUGAAAUUUGGCAAGACAUUCUUUCAGGUGCUGCUGUUGCUGAUCCAACUCUGCUCAACAAGUUUCUUUUGUUGACAUUUGCCGACUUGAAAAAAUACAAGUUCUAUUACUGGUUUGCGUUUCCUGCUCUGCUUCCGACUGAGCCAAUUGUGUUGGAUGGUCCAGCACGAUCGCUUGUUGAAUCAUAUGGCUCUGAGAUGUUGGCUCUCUUUCAAGCAGAGUUUAAUCGAUUUCAUACAACCUCGACCACUUCCGGAUACUUUCUGAUUAAAGCGGUAGAUGACAAAGUCAACAUUGCAGAUGUUUCCCAAUUCGAGACGUUUUUUAGCCAAGAUGACAAGGUCACACUUGGAUUUGUUGAUCCGUCUGGCUUAUCAGAAAAUCCUGGGUGGCCUUUACGUAAUUUCCUAGCGUUGGUUUCAUACAGGUGGAAGUUGUCCAAGGUAACUGUUGUUUGCUAUCGAGAAUCCAGUAAGCGUCGAGAUGAUAUUUCCGCUUCCAUCGUUCUGGAUGUGACUCUGACUACUUUUCCAGAUGAGCCAAAAUGUGCUGGUUGGGAAAAAGGAAUCAAUGGUAAACCAAUGCCACGCGUUGCCGAUCUUGCUGCUCUGAUGGAUCCAUCCAGACUUGCCGAAACUGCUGUAGACUUGAAUUUAAAGUUGAUGAGAUGGCGAAUCCUUCCAGAAUUAAAUCUGGAAGCCAUUUCUCAAAAAAAAUGUCUUUUAUUGGGUGCUGGCACUUUAGGCUGCUAUGUUGCUCGUUUGCUCUUGGCAUGGGGUGUUCGAAACAUUACUCUAGUGGAUAAUGGAAAAAUAUCAUUUUCCAAUCCAGUUCGACAACCGCUAUUCAAGUUUAAUGAUUGUCUUGAUGGCGGUGGCUCUAAAGCAAUUAUGGCAGCAGCAGCGUUGAAAGAGAUUUUCCCCGGAGUGAAUUCAGUUGGAGUAGAGUUGAGCAUUCCGAUGCCAGGACACUCUAUCCAAACAGCCCACGCCAUUACCAAAGACAUUAAAAAGCUGGAGGAACUGGUUCAAUCUCAUGAUGCAAUAUUUUUGCUCACUGAUAGUCGCGAGGGCCGUUGGCUACCGACUCUUCUAGGAGCCAGUAUGGGCAAGAUUGUGAUCAAUGCUGCACUUGGGUUUGAUACAUUUUUGGUUAUGCGUCAUGGCAUGCGAGGUGUAAAUCCGUACGGCACAAGUGAUAAUACUGUAGAUCUUGGAUGCUACUAUUGCAAUGACGUGGUUGCUCCAACAGAUUCGCUUACUGAUCGCACUUUGGAUCAGCAAUGCACAGUAACACGCCCAGGACUUUCCAGCAUAGCUAGUGCACUUGCUGUGGAGCUUUUAUCCUCUAUUUCAAAUCAUCCACAUGGACCAUGGGCAAAUGCAACCAACCAACCUAGUGACCCAGGUGCUUCUAUAUUAGGCGCUAUGCCUCAUCAGAUUCGCGGACAUCUUGGUCAAUUCAACAAUAUAUUGGUAGUAGGUCAUGCAUAUGACAAAUGUCCAGCUUGCUCCAAAUCGAUUCUGGACGAAUAUGCCAAAAAUGGACAUUCAUUUCUUCUCAAAGGUCUUGCUUCACCUGAAUAUUUGGAAGAAGUGAGUGGAUUAAAGGAUUUGAAGCAUGAGCAUGUGGAUAUUGAAUGGGAUGAUGAUGAAGGAAGUUUGGACAUGUAGUCAUUUUAUGCAGUUUGGAAU